GAUUCACUUUGCAUUCCAAUUCUGUUUCCUCCGCAUUUUUAUUUCGAGAAUGGUUCAAAUAAAAAAAACGAUCUGAGCCGAAUACCAUUGGGAAGGAUACGAAAGAACAAGGUGAGACAAGAAAAUGACCACGACGGCCUGAGGUUCAAUCGCCGACGACGACGACGGCUGCUAUGUCCCAAUCGUUGUCGACGGGUUCUUCGGAUUGACAUCGAACCGAACAAAAGUUAUUAUUACUGAAAGGCUUAACUUCGAUGAAUCGAAACCAAUCCAAAUUAUUUUCGUUUUGUUGUUUGAAGUAUAACAAGUAAUGCGAAUGGAGUUCAAGCUUGUCACACCAUCAUCGUCAUCUAUGAAAUUCGCCCUUUUCUUCUCCCUCUCUCUUGCAGUAGCUUCCCACUCCACAUCCGCCAUAGCUGCUUUCUCUCCUGACUUGUGGUCUGCUCGAAAGCUCAAUUUCCGCCUUUAUUCUUCUCUAGCGCCGCCACAGGACUUGGCUGCCGCCUCCAGGGCCACAGCAGCUGAUUUGAUCUCGCUUUUAGGCCCAUCACAGCAAUCCUCCGCCAUCAGUUCCAUAGUGGCUGAGGAACUCCGGGCCUGCUUCAAAUUCCUCGUACCUUUCAUUUCUGGAUCUGAAUCAUUGAAACCCUCCUUGCACGUGCCAAGUUGGGAAUUGAGUCGCUCCAGGAGUAGGCAGGAGGAGAAUGAGCUUGUUUGGUGGCCACCUGAGCCAGUGAUGGAGCUCGCAAGGCUUGCCGUGGACUCGGGUGGCGAUCCUGGUGCUAUUCAUUGGGCUCUCGAUCCUACAAUUAUCCCUGUUCCUGAUGUUGAAGGCUCAAAGAGAGAUCAUUGCGAGCUAACUAGAACUCCUUAUGGGAGGCAUUUCAUAAACGAGGUUUCAUGCUAAAGAGUACCCAGCAUAUGAUAAGGAAGUAUUUCCAGUCAAUAUGGGUUACUGUCAAAUGGGGUCUAACGUGGCAUAUGAUGAUUCAAUGAAUUUACGGAACAUAUUGUGGCUUGCUCCUUUACCAAGUGAAUCCAUUAACAAAUGGCUGGCACCAGGAGUCCUUGUAGUCCUAGAUGCACAUCCAGAUGGUAUCAUAUAUAGGGACCUAAUACCAGACUAUGUCAGUUUUGUGAGAACCCUUUAUGAAGAUGAUUUUGGACAGACUGCAGUUGAUGUUAACUACUUAAAUGUAGGAAAUGAUGCUCCCAAGUUCCAGCUUUUCAUCUGCUGACAGAUCAAGUAAGUACUCUGUAUAGCCCCUAAGGUGUGUAAAUGGAUGUUAAACGGAUCAAAUGUGGCAUUACCAUAUCAACAUUGGUAUGUGGCAUUACCAUAUUUGCAUUCAUUUAAUUUUAUCGGAUGUCAAAUUCGGAUACAAAUCUUAAGGGAUUCUUAAAAUUAGUAUCGUAUCCGCAUCCAUCAGAUAUCAUAUAUAUCCGCAUCAAGCUUUCAUUUUUGAAAGUCAAAUUGAACCACAGAGUAUGUAAAUAUUUUAAUAUAAUGAUUCAAUUGUA